AUGAUAAUGAUACCAAUUCAGCCAGUGAAAACCCUCACUACGAAAGAACGUAAAAAGUCGCGAUUCGGAAACGCAUUCCAUUUGUGUCGUGAAAUAUUGAGAUUGACAAAAUUGGUUGUUGACGCACACGUGCAGUAUCGACUCAAUAAUGUGGAUGCCUAUCAGUUGGCUGAUGGACUGCAGUAUAUAUUCUCCCAUGUAGGUCAGUUGACCGGAAUGUAUCGAUACAAAUAUAAAUUGAUGCGUCAAGUGAGGAUGUGCAAAGAUUUAAAGCAUGUCAUCUACUACCGUUUCAACACUGGUCCUGUUGGUUAG